AUGGCCCUGGUUUAUCGAGCUCCCAUAGUUUAUAGCCCAGACUGUGCAGCUCCGGGAAUUCCUGGCUGCAGCAUGGAAAGUGAGCAGUUGAUAGCCAGCCAAGAGCCCUCCAGCAGGAACCAGGGGCCAGAUCUGCAGCCGGCCAGCCCAGUGUCUAGCUGGCUGCAGUCUGAGUGGGAUGACCGAGGCGGCCGGGAUGUUUCCCAGCCGUGGGGCCAGAGCUCAGUCCUGAGGAUGAAGGCGCUGGAGGCAGCCCUGCUGGUUCUGCUGUUCUGCGGACCCCCGGGGCCGACACGAGGGCAGCUGCAGGCCCAGGACGACGAGUACGAGGACGACGUGGACCCGGGCCAGGAGGGCUACGACGACGACGACGACGACGACGACGACGAGGACGAGGGGGCCGGCGUGCCCGGGGACAGCGGGGAUGACGGCCUGCUGCGCUGCUACGCGUGCCAGUCGCUGGCCGGCCCGGAGAGGUGCCCGCAGCAGCAGCGCUGCGGCCCCCGACACCGCUUCUGCAAGACGCUGGUCUCGCACGGGGAGACUGAGUCCGGGCCCCUGACCACCUACUCGGCCUGGUGCUCCGACUCGUGCCGCCCGCUCUCCAAGACGGUGGAGCGCACCCUGAUGACGGUCACCUGCUGCGAGGCCCCGCUGUGCAACGUGCCGCCCUGGCAGGGCCCCGGGGCUGGGCCGCGGGACCCCCAGGGCGGCGGGCCGUGGAGCCCCCGGGGGGCGGGCGCGGGGGCCCCCUGGAGCUGCCCCCUCGCCGUGGCCGCCAGCCUGUGGCUCAGCCUCCUGGCCGGCCUCCGGUUCCUGGGGCCCUGA